CUUUAACAUUCCUACCAUCUCUUUUUAAAUCCCAUCUUCCUUGCAAACUACAUCUACAUCUACAUCUAUUUUUUGUCUCCCAUGGUUCCUGAAUCAAUAUAACAUCAAGCCCUCCAAGACAGGUGAAAAUGAAGUUGUUACAAUGGGUGCACCAAAAAUUUCAGCACAGUAGCAUUGAACCUCUCAAGGAUCUCAGUAUUGGGAAUCCUUGUAUCUGCCUUUCAGCUCAGCCAUCAGAUGAUGACCAAGAUGCCUAUACAAAGCCAACCAUCCGUUACAGAUAUGGAUCUACAUUCCUAGAGCCACCUAGGAAGGACCAAAAGAAAUGUUUUUCUGAAUCUGUAGACAGGAGAGAAGAAGAAACAUCUGCUAUUGUCUCAGAGCUGUUUCAUGGCUUUCUCACCAUUGGAACUCUUGGCUCGGAAACAAGUGCCAAUGAACCAGCAACACCAACGUUUGCAACACCUUUAGAGAACCUAACUGAGAGAAAAACAGAGGUCACAGAAAAUGACUUGAAGCUCAUCAACUAUGAGCUAGAGAGGUUUCUUGAGGCUGAGACAAGGGAAGAUCCAUCAUCAGCGAGGAACAGUCAUGUUAGCAGUAUUACACUCAGUGGCAUGCAAAUGGAGGACUCUGAAGAUGAAGAGUACUGUGCAGCAACAGUGGUAUGUCCCCUCCAAGGAUAUCUGCUUGGGUCCUCAGUUGAAUUGCCAGAAAUGAGAACAGAAGCAAAGAAAGAAAAGGCAUCACUACAAGAGCUGUUUGAUAGGACAAAAGUGACUGAAAAUUUCGAGAGAAGUGAGGAGAAAGAUCCCAAGCAAAAACGUAAAUCUGCCAUGGAUUCCAUGAAGAAGAUAAUAAAAAAACUCUAUGCUUCUUCCAAGAGCUCCACUUCUACUAGUGGUCAUUCAAAUGAUCCUGUUUCCAUCAUGAAGAAACUUGGUGAGGCAUCUGAUUCUGUUUCAACCAAGAAGAAACCCCAUAAGGUAUUACGUAUGUUUCAAAGAAGGAUUCAUCCUGAAGGCUCUAUUGCUGAAAAAGAAUUUAUCAAGUCCAAGAAAUACAAGGACAAGAGCAACUCCAGUAACAUUGGUGGUUGUAAUAGGAAUCUGAUACUCAUGGGUGCAGAGAACAGAAGGUUACCCCAUGAGUCAAAGUUUAAGGAAGGGACCAAACAAAGUAAGAAGUACAUGGACUGGCCUCAAUACAGGCUGAAUGGCAGUGAUUUGAGAAGAAAUGAAGAGCACUGGAUCAAAACAGAUGCAGACUACUUGGUGUUGGAGCUGUAGUAAGAAAUCAUAAGUGGCCACCUUUAUGAGAAAGAAUGUGUGUUCGUUUGAAUAUUUCAAUUGGUCAUGUACUUAUUUGUGAAUGAUUAAGUGGUAAGUUGCAUUCAAGAAAAGGUAAUGGUGUACUAGACGUACUUAUCUUGUAUCAGUGUGAUGAUGAAGUUUGAGUAUGUUUAUGACUUAUCUGAAUCAAUAAACAUGCUUUUGAGGAGUACUAGA